CAAAUUGACAGCAAAUCCCGCCGCCAGUUAGCUUUUCCUGACUAUCAGGAAACACCAGGGAUUUUUCUUCCCAACAAGGCAACAAACCAAUUGUUCACAGGUCUUGGUUGCCGUCUCCACAGCUCUCGCCACCAGAUGCCAAAUCGGUGGGGGUAUAGUGGUAUACACGUACACGCGUGCCGAGAGAUGGACAGAGAUGGCGCACAUGGGGGUGCUGCUGAGAGGACAGGAGGAGAGAAAGAGAGAAGCUUGCAAUGGCUUGUCCUGGUGUGGUUUGGUUUGGUCCCAGCAAGCACAAGAGUAGGCCAUGGCAGUGCCAGCGCGUCCAACCAUCAUAUUUUGCCUGUCAAGUCUAAAGUCUUCCCCACGCCCCCACCUUCCUUCUGUAACUGCAGGUGCAGCUAUCAGGAGCAUGACUUGUCACCUCACCUUAAUCUCCAAGCACCCCAAUAUUUUAUUUUUCAGAUCGGGUUAGAAAAAAAAAGAAGGCAAGGUCAUAUGCAGGUGCAGGCGUGCAGCAGUGCGAUGCCGACCCCGCUCUGUCCUCGCUUUCUGUAAUCUUCCUCACACAAGUCACAAGGCUGCCUCCACUUCCAUCCAGUAGGAACAAGUCAGACACGGAAGGAAGGAGGAGAAGGCACCGGAAAUCCUCCCAUCCCGCUAGCUGGAACCUGGAAGGGCUGAAGCUGGAGCUGGAGUGCUGGACAGUGACCGAGAGUGAGAGAGGCAGCAGCGGUCCGGUGGCUGUGGCCUCCUUGGUUGAUGCUCACCCACCCUCAGGGAGGCACGAGCGUUCCCUCUCCGGCGAGCCCCACCCCGGAACUCCUCCGAGAAAUGCGGCGGGGCAGCCACAGAUGACACCUUCCUCUUCUUCCUGACCUGCUGCAGAGGAGGGCAGCCUCCUGCAUUUCCGGGUUCCCUUGCGCUUGCGCCUCCUAUUUCGUCUUUCCACGAGAGUGGGAAGGGGAAGCCGGAGGAUGCCGGCCAAGUACCUCGGCCCGGGGGCGUUGGCGGAGGACAGGCGCCAGGACCUCCACCGCCAGGUGGGCUGCGUCACCGGGAUCUUGCAGGCCUUCGACCGCCGCCACCCUCUCGCCUCCUCCUCCCACAAGAGGCUGCUUCCCCCAACAGGUCCCGCUUCCUCACUCUCUGCUUUCUCUUCUCUUGCGAGGUUGGAGAUCCCCUGUGCGGCUGUGCCCUGCUUCAGUGUGUGUGUGUAGCCAUUCUUGCUUCUCCGUGCUUCCAGCCGUGAUCUAUGCCGUCUAUUUCUACCCCAUCUCUUUGCCUGGUAUCUUUUACUUGGGAUGUGCCCAAUAAAGGACUCAGCUUUUUGAAGACACAUAUUAGAUUAGAUCAGGUUGUAUUUUUUAUUUUAGUAUGGAAAACAGCCUGUACCCAAGUGCUCCGCAGGUUUAAGUCCCUGCAGAUUCAUGCUCCAGACUUGUGUGUUGGGGAUUAUUGGUAACUGAUGAGUUACCACUUUUUCCGGUCAGAGUGUUGGUUGUUUUGGUUUAAACUGAUGAUGACCUGCCUGUUUUUUUUGGACGAAAAGGUGCUUGCUCAUGAUACACCAAGAACCGUCCUUUCACAGCCCCAUUUACUAUCUCCAAAUCAGCCACCGACAAAAACCAGUCCUUGCAAAUUUGGAACCUUUUUUCAGAUAAGAAAAAUGUCCUUGACUGAAAGGAAUAAGAGCUGUACGCAGAGUAGUCCAUUGGAUCAAAAGAAAAAAUGUUUCUGUGCCUUUUCAACUUUAGAUGCUGUUACUUUGUUUUCUCUCUCUCUAUUAUCAGGUUCCUUGCAAGAUUGUCCCUGGCUUGCUCACUCCGUUCUUUUUAUUUGUCGUAUUUUAGUUCAAUAAUGAACUAGCGGGCGACAAAUAUUCGAGAACGGAGCAGGCCAUGCAGUAUCCAGUAACCCAAGCAAAGAGGGCGAUUGCACAAGAUAUUCACCCCAGAUUGUGCUGGAGAACUCGAGUAAAACAUGGGCUGAUAGCCAAAGAGCACCAGCAACAGAACUGUCUCAAACCUCAUAUUCAUCGUCACCCUCUUCGUCAUUCUCGUCCGUUGAUGACAACAAAUCAACACAACAGGACCUAUCAUCCACUGACCGAAUGCUAUUUCCAGAGAGGCCGUUCAAGAGCUCGCCGAAGCUCAAGAGUUAUUUUGACAGUGACACCGGGCUCGACUACCCUGAUGACGCGCCUACGAAGUCCAAGGACAUGCCCAUAGUUCAAUCCAGCCUGCCAACUCUUGGUAUAAGAAAUCUUGUGAAGGAUUCAAUCUAUAUGGAUAGCCGUGAAUUGUCAGUCAGAAUUUGCACUAAAGAAGUAACAGAUCACCCAUCCAACUGUGGAGAUCAACCUAGGGAAUUGAAUGGGCCUCCCCGUGACAGCACACAAGAAAAAAGCAAGGGUCUCGUGGACAUCAAUGAAUCGCUUCGAGUGCUAGCCAAGCUCAGGGAAGCCUCAUGGACUCCUGCUGAAUCUGUCCAUCAUGCAAGACUUUCAUAUGAUGCUCCUCGGUUCUCAUACGAUGGGAAGGAGGCUGCAUCAAAACUGAGGGAGGUACCAAGGUUGUCACUGGACAUCAAGGAAAGUCACCUUCGGAAUGGUGAAAUUGACUCUAGAUUGAACCCAAGCUUGAGUUCUACAGACAGAAGCAGCAACACUGUUAUUGGGUCCAAUGCAGCUUUUGAGAUCCAGCAGAAACAGCCUGCCUGCAAGCGGCUUCCUAGCGUUGUUGCGAAGCUCAUGGGUUUGGAAGAGUUGCCUGAGCAUAAUCAAAGUAUAGCAUCAUCACAUGCAUGCAAAACCGUUCAAGGGAGCAAGCAAGAGGCCAUGUUCAACCCCUUGAGCAUCUCAUCUCACAACGAGCAUGCUCUUCGACAACAAAGGAAUCAUGAUUCAACUGUUAGAAAUUUACCCAACUCAAAGUUUCCUGUCGAAACUGCACCAUGGAAGCAACAAGAAAGGAUUAUCCUUCCUCGCAAACUGCCAAAGGGAUCAAAAGGAGCCCACGGAAGAGAACAACCUGCUGCAUCAGUCAUCAGUGACAUAGAGAAGCGGCUCAAGGAUCUUGAUUUUCGACAAUCGUACAAGGACCUUAGAGCGCUUAAACAUAUUUUGGAUUCCAUGCAAGCAAAAGGACUAUUGGAAAACAAAAAUAGGGAGGAAAUAUCUAUGCCAAAGUUAUCUGAUGGAAACCACAAUGGCCAAGAGAUAGCCAGUGUGAACAUGAGAGUGAACAGUAACACCAACAACGUGUGUAUGCCUGAAGAGAGCAACGCUGAAAGCUCUUUCAAAUCACCUAUUGUGAUCAUGAAACCUUCAAAAUGUGCAAACCUUUUCAACGAAGUUGAUUCUUCUGUCUUCCCCUUAGGGGGUUCAUCUGAUCCCCCACAACAACAAACAAGCAAUAGCACCUAUAGAAGGAAAGCUUCAACGAGAAAUAGAACAGCUAAAGAGCAACAUGCAAAAUUUAGUUCAAAGGUGCCUACUUCUCAACCCCUUGUUUCUUAUGACAGGAGAUCAUAUGGAAGGAAUGACGAUAGCAGCAACAACCAAAAAUCUAGUUCACUGCUGGUUACUGAGAGCUCAUCCAGAAGACAGCAGCUACCAAGGGACAGUAGCAUAAGUAUGAAAAAGAAUAAACAUUCCACUACCCCAAGGUUACAACAGAGAAAACUUGGUUCAGAGCGGAGGGCUAGACCACCUAUUCCUUGUGCUGAGUCUAACAAAAGCCAAAAUCAAUCUGGAGAUAGGAAUAAUGCAGAAACAGUGUCACCCCGAAGCAAAUUCAGAAGGAAACUUUUGUGUCCACAAGAAGGUGAUGAUGACAUGCCGAGUGGAUUGAACAACAGGACAAGGAGCCUGAACCAGCAUGGCAAUGAUAUGUCCACAAGGUCAGAUGGCAGUAUAACUGUUGCUUCAGAGCUGGAUAUUAUAAGCAAUGACAGAUCUACGGAAGUUGAUAUUCCUAAUUUUGAUCAAGGCAUUGGAACUCCAUCCGGAAGGAACCCACAAAGAGUGGAAACCUCAUAUGAUGCAAGCAAGGACGUGCCAUCUGUAGACCCUUCAGCUGGUAUUUCGGAACGGCCCAGUCCAGUGUCUGUGUUGGACUCUUCAUUUGAUCAUGAGGAUUUGUUCCCGAGCAGCAGGAAUCCAAAUUCACUUGCUGUUGAUGACGAGCGUCAAACAUUAGGUGAACCCUGGAAACCUUCUGUUACAAAGCCAACAGAGGUGGGCAUGCAGUCCAAGAACAAUAAGCUCGCUAAUGUCGUGAGCCUGCUUCAGAAGCUCCAGCAGCUUAGCGUGAGCAAGGAUGAGGACGCACCUCCGGUCGACCAUAUGGCUUUCCUGUGCGAGACAGAAAGCCCGGACCACCGUUACGUGUCUGAGAUACUGCUGGCCUCGGGUCUUCUGAUGAAAGAGCUAGGUUCAGGACAGGCAGGCCUCCAGCUCCAGCUCCACUCCUCUGGCUACCCGAUCAACCCUGACUUGUUCCACGUGCUGGAGCAAAGAAAGGCAGGAUGGGCCAGCAUACCUGACGGCAUCCACCAGAGCAGGAGCGGCGCCAAGUCUGAUCCCAAGAGAGCGCACCGGAAGCUGGUGUUUGACACCGCGAACGAGCUUCUCCUCCAGAAGUUUGAGAAGGAAACCACAGUUUACGCGGUCAGUUCCUCCACCGGAGCGAAGGAUCAUCCACCUGCAAAGGCUCUUAGCGGGCAGCAACUGCUGAAGUUUGUAUCUUCAGAAAUCGAAGGCAUGGGUACGGAGCGAUCGUCCACCUGCCAGAUGGAAGGCGGCGUGAUACCUGACGCAGAGAUCCUGCAGAGGCUGCAGGGAUGGACGAGCUUCAGCAGGGAGCUCCCUGGGAUGGUGCUGGAGAUCGAGAGGUCGGUAUUCAAGGAGCUGGUGGACGAGGUGGUGCAUGGGGAGUCUGCCGACGGCCCGGAGAUGAAGGCGGCAGGCAGGCGGAGAAGGCGGCGGCUCUUUGCUUGAUAUGGUUUGUGUGACCAUCACCAUGCACCGGGUGGGUUGUCCAAGUAGAUGGGCCUGAUCAUGCUGUAACUUUGAUUGCCGUAUGAACUUUUUUUCUCUCUCAAGGGAGAGGUGCACAAGUUGUACUGUUGUAGUAUAAGCAGCGCAGGUUUGCAGAGGCAUGAAAAAUGGGCAUUGGUUUGUGCUGUAUAGAUACUCUGUAUACCAUUGCCUUUUGAUUCCUUGUGUUUCAUUGGGGAUGAUGCUAUUUCAGUAAAGAAGUGUACAAAUGGCAGGGUUCAUCAUUUUAAUA